AUGAAAAGUGUUGUGACAUUUAUCGAACUUUUCCAGGAACUAAAUUAUAACGUAUCAGAAAAGAGGUUGAGUUCCUCAGGAGCAAUCAGUUUGAGCAAAAGGGAGAUUUUUGCAAUCAACACAUCGCUCAAUGGUUUGACUGAGGGUACUCCAGUAACAACAGAUCAAGUGGCAGCAAUCACGGGAUGCAUUGGGGAAUUAUGCAACUCCAUAAUACACGAACUCGCUGAUGGAACUCAAGCAAAGACUUUGGACAUACAACUACAAGUGAGGGAUGCGUUGCACUUUAAUUGGUUGGUGCAGUAUUUGAGUGCACUACACAAGAAAAGAAAGUUGGCAAUCAACUCUGUCGCGGAGCAUGCCGACUCUCACAAUCAAGGCCGAGAUACCACGUUAGUAGAUGAGAAAACAAGACUUCAAAAAUUUGAAGCUCGAAGGAACAAAAAUGACUCCCCGGUUGCCAGACAUGGCCGCAAGGACAAAAUCACUAGAAGCAAAAGAAAGAAACUUUCUGAUGAAUGGGAGUUGACUCUGGACAUUGAAUUCUCUUUUGAAGAGAGUAGUACAGUUCAUCGGAAACGCGAGCAAAAGAUUGUUUACCAGCAGCAAAUUGAUGAAUUUGUGGAGAAGACCAAGGAUAGGCCGCUGAAGGAAGUUGAGCUUGUUGCUAAAGCAAGUAGACAAGAGAUUCAAAAGGAGGAAGAUACUUGCCAUGGAGAUGUACACAACCCUAGCGAUGCUCUUCAACAUCAAUUCGAUCAGAACGCAAAGGAGCUCAGCUUCUCUUCAAAUUUGUUUGUUUCAGAGGGCAGUUCAAGGUCUCAGCCAAGCGAUUUGCUGCUGUCGGUACUCGUUCCGAAAGAGCGCAUCGAUAGAGUGACUAAAACUCAAGCAUCGACAUUGAUACCUGAUACAGAAACCCCAGUUCGAACUUCGACUCCUGUGAAUGCAGAAUUUACUGAGUUUCCUACUAUAACAGAUAAAACGUCGGAUACUGAGGGCACGCUUGAUGUAAUGAAUGAUGCAUUAAAGCUUUUUUCGUCUAACUUGUUGAAUAAAUUAAAGAGAGUUGAAUUUGAAGUGCUUCAUAAAAGAAAUGACUUACAGGUUCAGGUCGAUAAAGAGUACAAGAAAAUUGAACGGAUGCAACGUGCAAAAUUGAAAGAAAUACAAGAAUACUGCAGAAAUGAAUUAGAUAAAAUUGUAUAA